AUGGCACUUGGAGAGAUCUUUCUUGCUGCAUUCCUUCAACUGCUGCUCGACCGGUUGACUCCUCGCAACUUUCUCAACUUUGCACAGAAAGAGGGUGUUGGCAAGGAGAUGAAGAAAUGGACUACAAUGUUAUCUGCAAUUGGAGCGGUGCUGCAUGAUGCGGAGGAAAAGCAACUAAGGAGCGAGGCUGUGAAACUGUGGCUGGAUGAUCUCAAAGAUUUGGCAUAUGAUGUGGAAGACAUGUUGGACAAGUUUUCCACCGAGAUGUUUCGGCGCAGGGCAAAUAAGCUACAUGGGGCUAUCGCAAGUAAGGUACGAAGCCUAAUUCCAAGAGUUAAAUUCAACAGUAGUAUGAACUCAGAAAUAAAGGUGAUUACUGAUCGAUUACAUGAGAUAUCUGAACAAAAAGACAAGCUGGGUUUAAAUUAUAUUGGCACAAGUUCUAGUAAGGCACGCCAGAGGUCACCAAGUUCAAGUUUGUUAGAUGGACCGGUUGUUGGAAGAGAUGGUGAUAAAGCAAAGAUUCUGGAAUUGCUGUCAAGAGAUGAGCCUAGUUCUGCCAAUUUUCAUGUAGUUUCUAUUGUUGGCAUGGCUGGAGUGGGGAAGACAACGCUUGCUCAGCUUGUAUUCAACGACAAUGAUGUUUCCAUGAAAUUCAGCCCUAAGGCAUGGGUGUCCGUGUCUGAUGAUUUCAACAUUGUUAGAGUAACAAGGGCAAUUCUUGAAUCAAUCACUUCCCGGCACUGUGAUUUGGAGGAAUUCAGCAACAUUCAGGAUAAUCUGAGCAAGGAAUUAGCAGGUAAAAAGUUUUUAAUUGUUUUAGAUGAUGUUUGGAAUACAUGUGACUAUGAUCUAUGGAUCAAACUUCAGUCGCCUUUUCGUGUUGGGGCACUAGGGAGUAAGGUAAUUGUGACAACACGUGAUGGAGAAGUUGCAAAAAUGAUGAGAGCCAUUGAAGUUCAUAAUUUGGAGUGCAUAUCAAAUGACGAUUGUUGGAGAGUGUUUGAGCAGCAUGCAUUCUUGAAUGUUAACAACGGAAAGCCACCAAAUAUUGAGUUAUAUAGGGAGAAAAUUGCUAUAAAAUGUGGUGGAUUGCCUUUGGCCGCAAGGGCUCUUGGUGGCCUUUUGGGUUGUAAAGAAAUAGAUGAAUGGGAAGAAAUACUGAAUAGCAAUUUGUGGAAGCUAUCAGAUAAAAUAAACAUUCUGCCAGUAUUAAACGUGAGCUACCAUUAUCUCGCAUCAAGUUUGAAAAGGUGUUUUGCCUAUUGCUCAAUACUUCCCAAUGACUAUGAGUUUGGAGAGAAGCAGUUGAUUCUUCUCUGGAUGGCAGAGGGUUUGAUUCAGCAAUCUGAAGAAAGUAAACAAAUGGAAGAUAUAGGCGGAGAGUAUUUUCGUGAGCUGAUAUCUAGGUCAUUAUUUCAAAAGUCAAGUAAAAACAAUUCACAAUAUGUAAUGCAUGACCUUGUUAGUGAAUUGGCACGGUGGGCUGCAGGAGACACAUGUUUUAGAUUGGAUGAUAGCAUGCAACGCAGAUGUUCUCCAAAGGUUCGUCAUAUGUCAUACAUCUCUGGUGAGUUUGAUGGAGUUAAAAAAUUUAAGGCCUUUUUUGAGGUCACUCAUCUGCGAACUUUCUUACCACUUCAACUUUCAGAUGCUCGGAGGAAUAGCCUGACUAGCAAGGUUAAUCAUGAUUUAUUGCCAAAAUUGCAAUACUUGAGAGUGCUCUCUUUGAAUGGCUAUACAAUAACUGAGCUCCUAAAUUCAAUUGGUGAUUUGAAGUUUCUUCGAUACCUUGAUCUUUCUUACACACUAAUAGUGAGUUUGCCUGAAUCAGUAAGCACUCUUUACAACCUACAGACGUUGAUACUAGAAAAUUGUUCUCUUUUGAAGGUGCUACCUACAAACAUGAGUAAUCUAAUUAAUCUGCGGCAUCUCAACAUUUCUGAUGUACCCUUGUUAGAAGGAAUGCCACCGCAAUUUGGUCAAUUGGCUAACCUGCAAACCAUUACUAAUUUUGUUGUGGGAAAAGGUCAUGAGUCAAAAAUCAGAGAGAUAGGGCCACUUCGGCAUCUCAAAUCGACGUUGCACCUCUCAGGAUUGGAGAAUGUGAUUGAUGCUGAGGAUGCAAGAAGGGCUGACUUAAUUAGCAAGGAGGGGCUUGAUGUUUUGGUACUUAAAUGGAAAGACAUGCGAGAACCGAAAUCAGAUGUGCUUGACAUGUUACAACCUUCUAGAAAGCUGAAACAACUUACGAUCACAGGUUAUGGCGGUUUAGAAUUUGCAACAUGGCUGGGAGAUCCUUUAUUCUCUAAUAUGGUGCUCAUUCGGUUAUACAAUUGUAAUAAUUGUUCGUUCUUGCCACCACUGGGGAAAUUGCCUUGUCUCAAAGAACUUCAUAUAAUAGGAAUGCCCCGAGUGGAAAGCGUGGGUCUUGAGUUUUAUGGAGAGGGAUGCUUGCCUUUUCCACUGUUACAAACCCUUUUGUUUCAAGACAUGCAACAUUGGAAGGAGUGGUCUCCUUGCGAAUCAUAUCAAGGAAUUGGAGUUUUCCCUUGCAUGACAAAGCUGACUAUUAAACGAUGCCCAGUUUUGGAGGGUAGGCUACCAGAGGACCUUGAUUCAUUAGAAAAGCUUGAAAUUGAUGAGUGUGAAAAUUUGAUGGUUUCAAUUGCCAACUACAAACAACUUCGUAAUAUAGACAUCCACGGUUGCAAAGGGAUGGUGCAUGCAAGUGCAGUUGAAUUUCGGUUACUGGAGUCCAUGCAUCUUUCAGAUAUUUUGAAGUUGACAUUCCGACCAGAGAGAUUCAUGAGAGGAUUAUCAAUGGUUAAAGAUUUAAAUAUAACCGGUUGUGAGGAGCUGACGUCUUCAUGGAAGAAUGAGGAUAGAUUACUGCAACACCUAGUUUCUCUUCGUCGUUUGGUCAUUAAAGGCAACUCCAAGCUUGUUCAAUUGCAUCACUUGACAUCACUUCAAGAACUUCAGAUAGAUGAAUGCUCAAAUCUGGUUUCUUUUACAGAGGCUAGUUUGCCACAUUCUCUUAAAGUUCUAACAAUUGAGUCGUGCCCUUCUUUGAUGUAUCUUGCCAGAGACCAGAUACCCCCAAGUAUAAGAAGAAUAAUAAUACGAAGAUGCCAAAAUUUGAAAUCUUUAGUGGAUGUUGGGAUAGAGGGUUCUUUGUCUUCUUUUCCUUCUCUGAUGCAAGAGGAGACAUCUUGUCUUGAGUACUUGAGCAUUGAUAUCUGUCCAUCUCUGACGUCCUUAUCAUCCAGAGGUCAUCUACCCAAGACGCUUAAACACCUUCUCAUAGAUACUUGUAAACGGCUGGAGUCAAUAACAGAGAGGUUCGAGGAAAACACAUGUCUUGAAUAUCUUUGCAUCUAUUUGUGUCAAAAUCUUAAAUUCUUACCAGAAGGCCUAUGUAACCUCUCCAAAAUUCAGUCGUUAUUGAUUUAUGGCUGUGGAAAUCUCGUUUCCUUCCCGAUCGGAGGGUUGCCAAGAAGCGCCUCCAACCUGACAGAGAUCAGCAUUAUCAAUUGUGAUAAACUGGAGGCUUUACCUGAAGGCAUUAACUUCCUCAACUCUCUUCAGAUAUUGAGGAUUCCUCACUUUCCAGAAGGGGGAUUCCCUCCCUAUCUAGCAUCACUUAGCAUAAUGAAUCUCAAGAUCUGUAGGCCACUGUUAGAGUGGGGUUUGCACAGACUCACAUCUCUUAGAGUGUUAUGUAUCAGUGGAGAAGAUCCAGAUUUGGUGUCCUUUCCACCGGAGAAGGAGAUGCUGCUCCCUGAAUCUCUUGUUCAACUUGACAUUAUAGGCUUCCCCAAUCUCAAGUACCUAGGCUUUCAGUUCCUCACCUCUCUUGAAUCUCUUAAAAUCUGGAGCUGUCCAAAGCUAACAUCCAUUCCAGGGGAGGGUCUGUCUCUUUCGCUUACACAGCUUAGUAUCCGUGAAUGUCCCAUUCUAGAAGAGAAAUGCAAACCAGGUAAAGGGCAGUACUGGCCCUCCAUAAGUCACAUCCCUUACAUAUGGAUUGGAGGCCGGAAGAUAACAACACCCUGAUUAAGUAAUACAAGACUGCAGUUGGAAGCUGAGAACACAUGCCUCUCAUUCUCAUGCCCCCUCUCAAGUUUAUGGAAGAUGAAGAAAGCCAAGGGACAAUAUGAUGCAGCACCUUGUCAACCGUGAACUUAAGCCUGACACUAAUAGACUAGGAAAACAGUGAGGGAGCUUCAGAUGAUUAUAUAUGCAGGCACUUCCAGUAAGAUUGGUAUGGAGGUCGAUUAGCUUCAUCCUUCAUCAGCUAAGUCUUGUUGAUGAAGUCCAUGCUACCCUGUUCGAUCGACAUGCCAGAUUGAGAGUGACCUCCCAUCAUUGGGGACUUUGGUUAUUCUGAAGCAUUUUGCGUUGCAUUAGGUUCGUUUAUGUUUCACU